AGCAGCAGAGGGAGGACAGGGGGAGGAGUGGAGGUGAGCACAGAUCACUUUAGGAUAAAAGUUGCAGCAGCAGACAGUUUGUAGAGUUUCUCCGCUGACUGAAAUCUACCACCUCACUCAGCAGCAGCAGACUGAGAAUCCUCCGUCCUGCAGGAGGUGGAAGAAAACUCAGCGAGCAGCGGAUGAGAAUCUGUGGAGGAUUUCCCAACAGGUGCACCUGCUAAAUGAAGAGCAGCAGGACGUAAAUUUAACUGAGGAUCCACGGCACUGAACUGAACUACAGCUGCAAAAUGACAGCUGCCACAAAGCUUCUGGAUGAGAUGUGCCAUCUGACGGCUCAGUCCCUGUCACCAAUGGACACGUCGGACCACUUCAAGGUCCUGAAGCUCCUGGGUGAAGGCUCGUAUGGAAAAGUCAUGCUGGCUGUUCACAGGAAGAGAGGUACUCCGAUGGCUCUUAAGUUCUUCCCUCGUGAGUCCACCUCUCUCCUCUCUUUCCUGAGGGAGUAUAACCUCUCUCUGUCGUUCUGCACCCACCCGUCCCUCACCAGAGCUCUGGGAAUCGCCUACUCCACACCUUCCCACUACGUCUUCGCUCAGCAAGCAAGCCUCUUCGGAGAUCUCUACGACGUCAUCUUACCAGAGGUCGGGAUGGAGGAGGACUGUUGUCAGCGGGUGGUGUCCCAGCUCUGUGGUGCGCUGUCCCAUCUCCACUCCCUCGGUUUUGUCCACAGGGACCUCAAACCAGAGAACGUCUUCCUGUGCGACUCCGCCUGCCGCUGGGUGAAACUGGGAGAUUUCGGCAUGGUGAAGGCCAGGGGCACCAGGGUCCCGGAGGUCUGGUACAGCUCCCCUUACUGCACCCCUGAGGCGGAGAUUUCACGUGGAAAUGAGGACAGCUGGAGGAGCAUGAAUGAUGGGAAAGAUGCCGUUAAAGAGGAUGAAGAGAAGAAGAAGAAGAAGACACGAGUUUGGGUGUCUGUGGAGCCCAGCACAGACAGCUGGGCGUUGGGGAUCCUGACCUAUGCCAUGCUCACUGGCAGUCAUCCCUGGGCGGAAACAGCCAGCGACUGCCGCUCAUACCUGAAAUAUCGGGAGUGGUUUGACACAGCGAAAGGCCCUGAAGAUGAACUGGACGUGUGGGCAGAGCCGCAUACAGAGAGCGUGCAGGAUGCCAUCGAUUUAGAUGGACCAGAACUUGGAAAGAAGGACCGCAUUCCCACAGCACCCCAGUUUGCAUGUUUCACCCCGCUGGCCUGCUCCUUCUUCCAGGCGCUCCUCGACCCGAGGCCCCGGCUUCGUGGACGGCCUGAGGACGCGCUGAGUUACCUCGGGGGAGACUGGAUGAUGGAGAAGGAGAGGGUGAGGCUGGAGGAGGAGAGGAAGAAGAGCAGAGGGAAAGGUGCGAUCAGAAACAUGAAGGAGAUGGAGGGAAGAGGAGAGAGAUAAACACAGACUGUUUAUGCACUUGAUGAGACUAUGAUGAAUUAUCUCAAUGUUAUAUUGGGUUUAUUUUAUCAAACCUCUCAAAUAUUUGUUUGUACUUUAGCAAACAGACUUUGUUGCUUUUCAAGAAACCAUUGUGGUCAUGAGUAGCCUACACUGUGAUAUAAAGCUUGCACAGAAGUGACCAAGUAAAAAAGCAAAACAUUUAUGGUUCAACCUGGUAAAAGGUUAUUAGCAUUAGCUGUUUGUUUGUUUUGUUUACAUAACUUUAAAUGUAUCUAAUAGCUUCGUAUCUUUUGGUCAAAACAAGUCAUUUGAGGACAUCACCUCGCACUCGAUGGCCAUUUUUCGUCACAAGUCAAAAGUGGCAGGUGGAAAAAUUCCUUCCCACACAUUUAACCCCUUCAAACGUGACGAAAGCAACUUUGGGAAAAUCCCCUUCGUUAAAUGGAAACAACAGGGUUUAUGGGAAAUCUGUUUUCAAUUUGGAGAAACUAACGGGACUGUGGGAGGUUCACAGCUGUUUUGAUCAGGGUAUUAUUUGUUUUUGGCCAUUAAUUAAUUGAUUUUGCUAAUUUUUUAUAUUAAUUAUUAAUAUUGAAUAUAGAAAUAAUUGUAUCUUAUAUCAGCUUGAAAAAAAAUAGUGCAACAGUUGCAUUUCUGGAGAUGACUUAAGUGCUGUAAUGGUAUAUCAUGUCCUUGAAAAAGACUCUUUAACACGCUGCAUCUAUAUUUAGGUCCAGACUUCUGAAUGUGUAAUACGUCAUAGUCGGCUAUGAACUGUACACACACUGCAGCCGUGCACAGUUUUACAGCCAUAAACUCGUCCAGUUUGAAUACAACCACAGACAGAAAAAAUGCAUUUAAAUCGAACAUCAUCAGCCUUUCUGAAAGUAGAGACUUAUCCGUUACCAAUAUUUUAGUAGCACGUGUGUUAGCGGUUCACUGUAUAUUUCAACUUUUAGCAGCGUUAUUUUGUACUUUAACAUUAGCACUUAUCCUAAGCUGUUGCUGUAGCACUUUGUACAUAAUUACAAAACUGUGUCUUCUAUUAUUUUGUAUGGCUGAAUGUUCCUUACACAUCACAUCAGAAUUGAAUGUAUGAAAUUAUGAUUUAAUACAUUAAAUUAAAUAUUACAUAACAGUUAUACUGCCUUUCACGGGUUACAAUGUAAAUGUACAAUGUAAAAUACUUGUGUAUUUAUGUAAUUGUACCCACUUUACAGACAUGCAGUUUAUAAAAUGUAAUUUAAAUACAAUUUUUUGUAAAAUGCUCUUUUUCGAAUAACAGUGUGAUAGUACAAUGAACUGUCCAAUAUUAUUACUGUGCAUCAAAAAGACUCACAACUGCUACUGAUCAGCAAAUAAAUAGAUUUUUAUAUUGA